AUGGCAUCAGACAGCGAGGUAAAAACCCUACUGAAUUUUGUCAACCUGGCCUCCAGCGACAUCAAAGCAGCUCUAGAUAAAUCAGCUCCUUGUCGCCGAUCAGUUGACCAUAGAAAAUACUUGCAGAAGCAGCUAAAGCGUUUUUCUCAGAAGUACUCACGGAUUCCACGGUGUCACCCCAGCAAACCCCCUGAGUGCGGCUGGCACAGGGGGGCAGAGGACCGGGGCCGCGGCCCCCAACCCGAGGCACCUGACCCCAGCCCCCAUGGUGGAGCCGCUGCUGAGAGGGGGCUGCAGACAGCUGAGGUGGAGGAGAGCCUCACUGGAGAAGGGGUUUUGCAGGACCAAAACCUUGAGGCCAGCAGGCCAGACCAGGUGCCCAUGAGGAAGCGACAGCUCCCUGCCUCCUUUUGGGAAGAGCCACGGCCAGCCCAGAGCCUUCCAGCCAGGGCCUUUUCCACUGGCCCUGAGGGGCUGCCGGCUUCCAGAGACCCUCCUCCCUAUGAGGGGAAGAAAAGCAAACGGAGCCUGGAUGCUGCCAGCCCAGAGAACCCCUCUGAGUCUGCCCUGCAUGCUGGGGAGAAGGACACUGCAAGGGUACUCACUGGCCGGGUGGGUGCCUGGACCUGCUGCCCCUUUCCCUGCCCUGGGCCAGGGGUGUACCAGCCCCCAGGCACAUUGCCCCCAUCGCCCUUCCCAGCACUGGGGCUGUGGAGAAAGAGCACAGUGGCUGCACUGCCAGCGGAGGUGCCUCACUUCUGCAAGGAGGCUGAUGGCACGGGGCAGAAACUCUACAGGCCUGUGGUUUUGAAACCAAUCCCUACUAAGCCCACCAUCCCUCCACCAAUCUUCAACGUUUUCAGCUACCUUUAG